UUGUUGUGAAUAUGUAAUUGCGCUACUAUGACUGGUUGCUUCUAAAUUUGGCGUCGCAGGGGCAGCCUGGUACAGUUAGCGAGGUGGUCGCUCGGCCGGUGCGGUACAAGGAUGUGAACGGGCUGUAGAAAAGAACAGCAGAUAGAUGCGCGACAGCGGGACCAGCUGGAGAAGCUCAGCCAUGGACAAGCUGUGUCACGACAUGCCAAAAGUUGCUGCUUUGUAGGAAAAUUCAGAGAAAAAUGUGAGAUUGGUUCGUAGCUCAUUAGGAAAGGUUUGAUCUUUACGCAAACAGAAAAAAAAUUGUUGGAGAAUUCGAAGAAGACUGAAGCAGCUUCUGCUUUGAUAAUUAAUCCGAGUGGACUUUUAAAAACACUCAUAUUUCUUUGGACUAGUCGAGGGUCCAAGGAUGUUUCCACUCUUUACGGAACCUGCUCGUAGUCUGCAAACCAGCCGCUGACCGACCUUUUUACGCACAGGGGACGGAAAUCUCUCACAUAUUUUGUUUUCGUGUGGAUGACCUUUGCACUAAUUUUCAAUGAUUCGAGACCUGAGCAAGAUGUAUCCACCGGCACGGCAUCCGGUCCCCCACCAGCCGGGACAGCCGUUCAAGUUCACUGUCACCGAGUCCUGCGACCGGAUCAAGGAGGAGUUCCAGUUCUUGCAAGCCCAGUACCACAGUCUGAAAUUGGAAUGUGAGAAACUGGCCAGUGAGAAAACUGAGAUGCAGAGACACUAUGUUAUGUACUAUGAAAUGUCAUAUGGAUUGAACAUCGAGAUGCACAAGCAGGCGGAGAUCGUCAAACGGCUGAACGCAAUCUGCGCCCAAGUUAUUCCCUUCCUCUCUCAAGAGCAUCAGCAGCAGGUGGUGCAGGCAGUGGAGAGGGCCAAGCAAGUCACCAUGGCUGAACUCAACGCCAUCAUAGGACAGCAGCAGCUCCAGGCUCAGCAUCUCUCUCAUGGCCAUGCCAUUCCAGUCCCGCUCACCCCCCAUCCGGCGGGUCUCCAGCCCCCUCUGCCCCCUGGCGCCAGCACUGCCAGCCUUCUGGCACUGUCUUCUGCCCUGAGUCACCAGCUGCCGCUCAAAGACGAGAGGAAACACCACGAUAACAACAGCGAGCACACAAGAGAUAGAGACUCAGUCAAGAGCUCUUCCGUGUCUCCGUCAGCCAGUUUUCGAACUGGAGAGAAACACCGGAGUUCAAGCGAUUAUUCAUCCGAGAGCAAGAAACAGAAGACGGAUGAUAAGGAGCUGACCUCCACACGCUAUGAAAGUGAUGGAGAGAAGAGUGAUGAAAACUUAGUAGUGGAUGUCUCCAAUGAGGAUCCAGUGUCUCCUCGAGGAAGCCCCGCCCACUCUCCCAGAGAGAACGGAUUGGACAAAAACCGGCUGGUAAAGAAAGAUGCACCCCUGAGUCCUUCUUCUAUCGCCUCCUCCAGCAGCACACCUUCAUCCAAGUCCAAAGAGAUUAAUUUGAAUGAAAAGUCCACAACCCCUGUGUCUAAAUCCAGCACCCCUACAUCCCGCUCAGAGGCCCCCACACCAAGCAGUACAUCCACCCCGGGUUUGAGGUCUGCACCAAGUAAAACAACAGGAGUUGAGACGCUGGCUCCUGGUCUUCGCACGCCGCUGGCAGUUCCCUGCUCGUACCCUGGUCCGUUUGGAAUGGUUCCUCACCCGGGCAUGAACGGAGAGCUGAGUGGAGCAGGAGCAGCCUACACCGGCCUGCAUAACAUCUCCCCGCAGAUGAGUGCAGUGGCUGCUGCUGCUGUGGCAGCCUACGGACGCACGCAAGUGGUGGGAUUUGAUCCUCACCACCACAUUCGUGUCCCCGGCCUUCCGCCCAACCUGUCAGGAAUUCCUGGAGGAAAGCCAGCUUACUCCUUUCAUGUGAGCGCUGAUGGACAAAUGCAGCCUGUGCCUUUUCCUCCUGAUGCUCUGAUCGGUCCUGGCAUCCCACGCCAUGCUCGACAGAUCAAUACUCUGACCCACGGGGAGGUGGUGUGUGCUGUUACCAUCAGUAACCCGACGCGUCAUGUGUACACUGGUGGCAAGGGUUGUGUAAAAGUGUGGGACAUCAGUCACCCUGGCAACAAGACCCCUGUAUCCCAGCUGGACUGCCUUAACAGAGAUAAUUACAUCCGUUCCUGCCGGCUGCUUCCUGAUGGACGAACUCUCAUUGUCGGGGGCGAGGCGAGCACCUUGUCCAUCUGGGAUUUGGCUACACCAACUCCCCGUAUCAAAGCAGAACUAACAUCAUCUGCCCCGGCAUGUUAUGCUCUGGCCAUCAGUCCUGACUCAAAAGUUUGCUUUUCCUGCUGCUCUGAUGGAAACAUAGCUGUCUGGGAUCUCCACAACCAGACUCUGGUUAGGCAGUUUCAAGGCCACACUGAUGGAGCCAGCUGCAUCGACAUCUCUAAUGAUGGGACCAAGCUGUGGACUGGAGGCCUGGAUAACACUGUCCGAUCCUGGGAUCUGAGAGAAGGGCGGCAGCUGCAACAGCAUGACUUUACUUCCCAGAUCUUUUCACUGGGAUAUUGUCCAACGGGUGAGUGGCUGGCAGUGGGAAUGGAAAAUAGUAAUGUGGAGGUCCUGCAUGUCACCAAACCUGACAAAUACCAGCUCCACCUGCAUGAAAGCUGUGUGCUGUCACUCAGAUUUGCUCAUUGUGGGAAGUGGUUUGUGAGCACAGGAAAAGACAAUCUGCUCAACGCAUGGAGAACUCCAUAUGGAGCCAGCAUAUUCCAGUCAAAGGAGUCAUCCUCAGUGCUGAGCUGCGACAUCUCCAUAGAUGAUAAGUAUAUUGUGACGGGUUCAGGAGACAAAAAAGCAACAGUUUAUGAGGUCAUCUACUAGGGGAGCUGAACUACGAGAUCAAGCUUACAUCUGGGCAGGAAGUCUCCAUCAUCUGUGUACAAUUUUUUAUGUGUAUAAAUUUGGAUGGAACAAACCAGACAUUUUCCUAGACCGUGAUCUUUUGACCUGCUGGCUGGUUGUGGAUCAGAGCAAACAUGCGGAAGAGCACAGAGAUUUUUCUUUUCUUGUUUGUUCUCAUGUUCUUAGGUGGCUUUUUGUAGUUGUGAGGAUGAGUGAAUGUCCAUGUGUACUGAAUCUGGAGUGACCAGAUUACAUUCCUUUAAGUAACAUUUGACACAAGCCCCUGGUAUAUUUGAUUUUCCCUUCCCCUCCAACAUUUAAACAAGCAGCUAUGUCUCAAAUAUCUUGGUUCAUAAGUUACUUGUUUAUGUUCUUUGUAUAUACCCAAAGGUUUCAAAGUGCUGAUAAACAGGGCGGUUAACCAAGGACGACUUCAAAGCAGCUUUCUAGAAAACUUGCACUGUAUACCCCUAACUAAAGAUUAGGGUAUAAAUAUAAAACAUUUUGAUUUUAAUAUUAGGACAAUUGCAGAAGAAGUCAAAGUUGCAAAAAGUUUCUCCUUUUUCUUUUUCAUUGUUUCAGAGCCUGUUGUUGCAUUUACAUCCUGAUUUCCUGCAUCAUUUGUUUGACAGCUGUGACUUACACGGGCGUGGCAUUAAUUUAUAAGACACAUUCUUUGUACAGGAGACAUGAUAGACAAGAGACACAGUUUUUUUUACAUUAGUGGGUUUUUUUUUUCAAGCAAAUUGUGAGAACAAUGCUGAAAUGCUUUUUUUAUGCGCUCCAAAUGCAAUAUUUUCAUCUUAUACUUUGUUGAUUCUGUAUUACCUUCACAUGCAGUUCAUUGUCAUUUUGAUUUUAAAACCUCUAAGAUUUUUUUAUAUGCUUGUUUUUCAUUUAAAUAUUAAAAACCUAACAAAAAUGUACAUUACAACUGCAUGAUGAAUGGUACUUCAUAUGAAAGGCCCCCACUCAUAAUAGAAGGCUUUCUUAAUAUCUCAGAGCUCCUUCAAGGACUGACUAAUUUAGAGGCUAAAUGGUGAAAAAGGUGACAUUGUCCUUCAAGGAACCUUAAACACUCUGCAAGCAUUUCACAUAUUUGCAGAGAGAAACACAGUAACUCUGCAACCUAUGACCUUAGAGCCAUUAGCUUAGCUUAGCUUAGCAUAGCUAAAGCAUAAAGGUUGGCUGCAGAGAUUUUUCCAAAAACAAAAGGGGUUUACUGUACAUAAAUGUUUACUUUAUUUACAUAAAUGCUUGAUUUAGUUAUACUAUAUCGUUCCCCACAUUAAACAAAAAUGACAUUGUGUGAUCAAAAUGUUUUUUUCCUCUCUGAACAGAUGAGGCUAAUUUGUAGUUUGCAACGGUUCAUCAUGCUGAGCUUAGUUAAACAACAUUUCAAAUAGUUUGUUCUAUUUAUUUAAACAUGUUCUUAUUACCUUCAAAGUUUACUGAGUUUUCUACCAGUGUUUCUUAAAUGUUUUUAUUUUUGUUAUUUUCUCUUGUAAUUCAAUUUUAUGUGAGUGAGCUCAGUCCAUCUGUGUGCAUAUGUGUGUUGUGUACAUGUUUGGACCUUGUGGGCACAGAAUGAACAAACUAACAAGACUGCCCUUGGUGUCCUUACUACUGACUGACCCUUGCACUUGGUUCUGCCCCUCAGUUUGGACUCCAUUGGAUGCCCCCUGGCCGCCUCCUGACAGAUUUCAGUAAAACUGAUUUAUUGGUGUUUUGAGGUCAAACUCCUUCCAUUUCUAGUCAGGAUUUUCUGCAAAGACCUUUUGGCUUUUAUCUGAAAAAAAGUGGUCAGCAGUAGUGCCAGGGUUUAUCUUUCAUACUUCUUUUGGCUUGUAGAAAUAACACAGUGCCUUUACGCUGCUGCGCUUCUGUCAUUUUGUCCUGCUGAUUGUUCAACAGUCUUCAUCUGAAAUGUCUUAUGAUGGCUAGGUUCUUUAUUAUUAAGAUUUUUCUUUUUUUUUAUUAAACUAGAGUGUUUGAGUGUACAUCUUGCAACAUUAAAGGAUGGGUUUUGCUGAAAAGAUCAGUUGGCAGUAAUAGUUCCUCUGAUCAUGCACUCUUCUUUUGAAAUAAUCAGGACCAAACUUCUCUUUAUGCUGACUGCUUUGCUGAGCAAGUACAUGUAACAUACACUAUUCAUGGCCACUGCAGUUGUUGCAGUUCAGUUUAAAUCAGGGGAGGGGAACCCUUAUCCUCUAGGCCCACGGUCCUGAAGGUGUUAAAUGUUUUCCUGAUUCAAAUUAAUGAAUCCAAGUACAUGAACUUGAUAAGCUGAUGGAUCCAUUUAAUUUAAAUCAGUUGCAUUGGAGGGGGAAAACAUCUAAAACCUGAAGGACAGUGUGAAUUCUAGACAUUACCACUAUUUUUUUUUACCCUUGUUUUUUUUAUUUAUUUAUUUUUAUAAAUAAAAAACCAUUGUUUGUUUUGAGACUUCAUUCUGGUCAAGCUGAAACAGAGAUUGGUAUCAAAACUUGCACAUUUUAGCUUUAACUUUUAGUUUUAUAUCUACAUUAAGAACAAAAUUAUUAAAUGGUGGAUUAAGAAUAAAAAGGUUGGUACCAAACAAAUGGCAGUUUACCAUUGGUGUAGUGUUGAAUUCUGUCUUGCACUAAAGGGAAAAUGUCUUCUUUUACUUAAAGGCAAAAACGUCCUUACAUAAUAAUGCCACUGAUGUGAAUGCAAAAGCACUUUUUUCAUUCUUACUGGGAUAAAAGGACCAACAAAUUUCAUGUGAAGCCACAUAAAAAGUAAUUUACUGUUAUACCAUAUAUCUUUGGAAUUUUCCUGGUAGCCACACACAGACUGUGUACAUUCAAAAACCUGGGUGCUUUGUCUUCCCUUUUAUGUGUCUGCUUUUGCCAUUUAUUUUCUGUUUGCUUCUGUCAGCUGCACUUUUUAACUUGAUAUUUUUCACUUUGUUCUGCUCAAAAAUGAGUCAAGAAAUCUGGUGACACCUUUUUAAGUGAAUUAAAGACUGAAUUGCAAAAUUUUGGUUGUACUCAUGUAAAGACUCAAACUUGAAUGUUUCAUGUCUCAUCUGAUUGUUACCAGUUAUAUGAGCUUAUACAGUAAUGAUGUUACAUACAACAAUGACGUAUAGAGCACCUAGCUUGACUGAGCUCACAAAGGUGUUAUAAUUGACUGUAAACAUGUAAUUAUUUGAGCUUACAGCAAAAAGAAAUUUCCUGUUGCCAGUUGAGCUUUUUCAUUCAGUACAAAAUGCCUUUGCUCUCUUUUUCUAGUCUGUGGUUGAUUUUAAUAAAUUAUUGUGUGGCGUA